AUGCAGCCGGAACAGGAUUUGUUAGUUUUUUAAUUUUUUUUUAGUUUUUAGAUUUUUGGGAUGGUAAUCAAGGCUGGAGAAAGGUCAAAAAUUCUUUAAAAUCUUUAAAAAAAUUUAUUUUUUUUCAAUACCGAGGAUAUUACAUUACCUUUUACAGCUACGACAUUUCCUACGUCGAUGGCUCCAACAUACCGGUAAUAAUCGAGCCAGUCCAAGGAACAUUCGCUCAAAUCAAAACCUCUGACGACCAUUACUGUGCUCAAGCUGGAGCCUGUUCUCAAGACCUUAAAAAUGUUGUAAUUGAUGACCUGAAGGUCAAGAUCGAUGACAGAGUUGUUGGCACUCUCUCUGCUUGUUUAAAGACCCAAGACCCCAAAUACUGUUGUACUGAAGACCACAAUACUCCAGAAACUUGUCCGGCUUCGGACUUCCCUCCAGAAUAUUACUCUGACUUGAAGGCUGUAUGUCCAACUGCUUAUAUGUAUGCUUAUGAUGACCAGUCAUCUACCUUUGCUUGUCAGGGUAAUGGAAAGCCGUCUCCUGAUUAUACUGUAACUUUCUGCCCUGGUGGGGAGGGUAUGAGACGGAAAAAGUUUGCUAAACGUCACUAAUAUUGGUGAUAUUGUGAUUACGAGAUUCGAGAUUGUUUUGUAACAUGUCAUCUUCGAACAUUUCUUACUUUAUAGAUACGUUAUAUCUUUUUGAAUUUGUUUUGUGACAUAACAUAUGUUUAGUCUUAUACCUGUAAAGUUAUUUAAUAAAUAUUACUAUAAAGCUUACAAGGAAGAAGGUCGGGCACUUUCCUGUAUAAUAUAACACGAGGUAUUCAUGUGUUUUUGCCCUCAAAACUUUAAAACAACAAGUUUUUGUUAAAAAGCAAAGAUUCAAGUACAAAAACAACUACACUUCGGUGCUUUUGACAUUCUAUCUGAUCAAAUACACCUAUCACAACACUUGCAAACCAAUUACAAACAUUGAUCUUCUAUAUAAACAUAGCCUCUAGUUGUUUUACAUUUUCUUUUGCUAAAUACUGGAACAUGUUUUACUCUUCAUUUUUCUUUAUACAUCUGUUACUACUACUAAACAUCGUAUCAGCUGAUGUAACCAUUACUUUGGUAAACAAAUGUAAAAGAAACGUUUGGCCGGGGAUUUAUGGCCAAGGAGUGAUACCUGAAGAUGGUGGAUUGAAAUUGAUGCCAGGAGCUGAAAAGAAUAUUACAGUACCUUUCAGCUGGGUGGCUGGUAGGGUUUGGCCAAGAACUAACUGUAAAGGUGAAGGAGAGCAGUUCUUUUGUGAUGUUGGUGCAUGUGGCACUAGUUUUCAGUGCAAAGGCAAAACUGGGGAAGUGCCAGUGAGUUUGGCCGAAAUUACUUUGGCUAAGAAUGAAAAUGAUCAAGAUUUGUAAGGCUUUGACAUUUGGACUUAUCUUGACUAAGGGAGUGGGUGUUUGAGUUUUAGGCUAGGGUAAGGGCUGAGAAAAUUUUUUUUUGAAAAACAAAAUUUUAAAAAAUUACCCGCCCAUCGUAAAAAAAUUAAAAAUAUAAAAAACUUAAAGGAAAGUGAAAACAUGAUUACAUUGCCCAAUAUCAUCUUUCAGUUACGACAUUUCUUUCGUCGACGGCUCCAGUAUCCCAAUGUCAAUGGAGCCGAUCGAAGGUACCUACAAGAAGCUGACUGACAACAAAUAUGAAUGUGCAAAAGCCGGAGAAUGUUCAGGGGACCUAAAAGACACUGUUCCCGAGAUCAUGAAGUACAAGAAGAACGGUGUCGUUUUAGGAACGUACUCAGCGUGCUCCGCGACAAACGACCCCAAGCUGUGUUGUGCUGGAGAGUAUAAUACUCCGGAUAAGUGUAAAGGAGAAGACUUUCCUCCGGAAUACUAUAAAGACCUUAAAGCCGUGUGUCCGACAAGUUAUAUGUAUGCUUAUGAUGAUAAGACAUCUACGUUUACAUGUCGUGGGAAUGGUAGAUUGUCGCCGGAUUAUAAGAUUACCUUUUGUACCGAAGAUGGCAUAGGAUUGUCAUGUAAAACGGCCAAGAAGAGAAGAAAGUAA